AUGGCUAUGGUAAAGGGGAGAAGAGAUUGGGGAGACGAUUCGAAUGUAGGAGGAUCCGUGGUAACUGAAGCUACCACGACUGCAUCAGAGAGGAGACGAAUUCGAGAAGCAGGGUUAGGCUAUGUAUACUGGUUCUCCUAUGUCUGUGCUAUCGCGUCCCUGCUUCUGGUCUUCAUCGCGUUCGCCUCACCGUAUUGGUUCAAAUCCUGGGGACGGGUUCACAGCCCGCUUGCUAAUGUAGGCAUGUGGCAGAUUUGUUUAUCAGGAUGGGUGAAACCAAGGGAUCCUAACCUGAGAUCCUACGUGGGAUGCUGGUGGAUACACUCCACUUUCUUUGAGGAGGUUUUUGACGAUAUUAUGCCCCCAUGGUUCCGUGCUGUCCAGGCUCUGGUCAUCUUCACACUGCUAUGCUGCAUGGCUGUUGUCUUCCUCCUGAGUUUCUACAUGUGCGGGUCUUUAAGGAUGAAAUACUAUGAACCACGAAAACUCAAGAUGUUUUCAAUCAUUGCUGUUCUUUUCUUUGCUUCAGGAGUUCUUGUGCUUAUCUGCUCCUUUGUGUUCGCCAUGAAAGCUAAAGAUCCAAACUGGAUGCCAAGACCAUGGUUGAGCUACUUUUCCUUUUCGUUUGGAUUUUAUGUCCUAUCUGGGUUUUUCUCAGCAUUUGGUGGGCUUGCAUCAUUCAUUAAAUCUACAGACAUUCGAAAAAAGAAGAAGAGAGGUGUGACCAGAGUCCAUGACAAGCACCGCCCCCCACCCCCUCCAGCUGUCAGUCAACUUGGAAGCACUACCACUGGGAAGGCUGAAUCUUUUGUUUAAUUGAUGCAUUUUUCUUUUAUCGGCAUCACACCAGUUUCACAGUAAUUUCAUUAUUAUCAUAUGCUUAGUCUUUAAUGAAAUACUACUGCAAAUAUUGGUUACUUUUCUGAUGGAGUUUUGAUUUAAUCUAUUGCCUAUUAACACAAAUGUGUAGAUGUGUCUAGACAAGAAAACAAUGCUAAAAAUUGUACCAUUGUUAAGGUUUUCUGAUUUCACUAGAUAGAUCAUUUUUUUAUUUCAAUAUUUAACUUAAACUAUCUUACAUCUGAAACUUUGACUAUCCAAAGAUUAUGCUAUGUAGAAUAAAUAUCUAAUAUAUACAACAAUCUUUUAAUAAAAUUUCCAGGGCCAAUCUUGCAGAGAUAUUGUCCAAGUAUAGGCCAGGUAUGUUUUUAAUCCAUUGUUCAGGCGGUGAUUUUUAAAUGCGAUGCAGUGUCUAUGUGUUUGUAUUUGUGCUGAAACAUUUUUGUUGCAAAUUAAACCUAUUUUCCAAAAAAUAAUAACUGGUAAGGACGUUGUAACAAUAUAGACCAGUUAGAAAACUUAUCAACUUAUGGCAAACACAUUCUAAAAAUAAAAUCACAAUCACAAGAUCUCCAGUUGAAGAAAUUCUCCAAGAAGCAAUUUCCUGCCAAAUUUUGUGGUUCAUAAACUAGAUUUCGGGAUUAUAUCUAGGGCUAGGCAGUUCCCAAACAGGAUAUUCUGCUACUUAGAUUACAGCUGGUCUCUAACAUCUUUCAGCAUUUAGCAGGCCAUCACGCAAUUAUCAGUGAGAGUGGAGGCCACAUGUUUACCACAAUAGAAUGUAAGGUCAUCAGUAAGUUACUAACAACAAAUGUGGAAACUGUCUGAAACCACCAAGGAUGAAAGUAGAAUGCUAUUUGGAAACCUGUCCUCAGGAGUUGAUCCUCUUCUCAUUUGAUAGAUUUUUACAAAGUUUCCUAAUAAUUUCAAACAUUUUUCGCAAUUUUUCACAAUGUUUUGUUGUAAUGUAUUGUAUCUAUCAAAGGGAGGUAAUCGGAACAAGACCAAAACUGUACAAAAUAGAUUUAUAUUUGUUAAAGUUAAAAAGAUGCCAUUUUAGUAUGAAAUAUAUGUAGCUCUUAUGUAUAACGCAAAAUAAUGUAUUGAAAUUUCAUAUAUGUA